GUGUGUGUGUGUGUGUGUGUGUGUGUGUGUUGGUAUUUAUGGUUUAACGGGACAUUUGACCUGACUACACACCGACAUUCCAGGGACCUUAGGGGAUUAUAAGGACUAUGCCGAAGUCCCCAUAAUUCAGAGAGUGUAUUUGCAUUUGUUAGUGUCUAAACAACAUAAUUUCUCAUUUUCAUUGAAAGUCCUUAUGUACCACUUGACCUGACUUUCAGUGUAUCCCAGUGUAUAGAACAGCGCACCCUAGUUCAAGGUCCUGUAAUGCACCUUCUUACACAUUUUUGAUACACACGGUGCAAAUUCGGCGGGUUCUAUUGUGAUUGGCUGGUUCGAAUUUGUGGGCGUGGCCUACAGGGCGUUGGCUUUAAGCUCCGCCCACACACACUUUGGGUCCGGCUAAUACACCUUCCCUUUAAAAGUUAAAUCACACAGUAGCAUGUCCGAGUGGAUAUCCACAAUUCUGGAGGAAUAAAUACACACAGGUAAGCUUUAAAACUUGUAAAUUGGCUAAUUUUUUGUUUGAGAAAGAUUUUUGCAAGUAACAGCACCUUAUAAAAGACACUGUGUGUUAACAGAUGUGCACUCAGGUAGAGAGCUAGCGUUAGCUGCAGCUAACGUUAGCUGCAGCUAACAUUAGCUCCUGGGUAGGCUGGUGGAGAUGAGACUGCUAGCUGCAAUUAGCCACUUCUUUUUCACAAAAGAGAAGUAACAUGAGGAGGUAUGAUGUUAUGCUCUAUUGUAUUUAACUGUCAGGCUGUAGUGAUGUGUUUUUGUUGACAUGUGGAAGCUGAGCUAAGGUCUGGAGAGUCUGUAGUUUUAAGUUUUGGAGAGGGCCUCCUUGUUAAGCAGCACAUAGGGAGUAAUUUUUCUCUGUGUUAGUGAAGAGGACCGCAGGUGAGGGAGAGGAGAGAAGUAGCUAACACUACACUGCUCUGGUUUGGUGAGUUUUGACUGAAAACAAGUAAGAAACAAUGGAGGGAAUGUGUAAUACUUUCUUUGUGGUAAAUUAGUUAGGUAAGCUGUGGCUGGGCCUCUGUUUUUAGCCAAACCUUGUGCUGCUUGUGCUCUUGUAUGCUCUUGUACGCUUAAACAGGUAGAUAACAGAUUUUACCAUAGAGGUAAUUUGGCUCCUUUUAAGUGGUCUUAUUAAACUGUAAAGUGAGAUGCAAGAAAAAUGUGUUAUGUUAAUGUUUGUUUUGAUUUGAAAAUUACCUGUAAUGUACAUGCCAGGCCUAAAUCUUUUCAUUAGCUAAGGACAAGGAUGAACUGUGAGUGCAGUUUAUAUUUGAAUUUGAUCCUUCUGGGAAUGCCAGUUUGAACUACAUAAUGCUUUUUUUUGAUGAAACAAGCUGAGACUGUUUUCUUGUAUUCUCUAUUGUUGUUGUCAUUAACUAGUUGCUUUUGGGUAACAGUAAGAACAUAAUCAGAUGUCAGAAGCAGUUCAGUAGCAACAUUCUAAGCCUUGGUCCUUAUCUCACUGAAGGAUCCAAGUGUUUUUUCCCACAUCAUGAUAAAAGGGGCUGAGCGUGUUUCUUCCAGCUGUUUGAAACUACUGAUUGAUUAUGAGUUUAAUACCUGCACCAUCAGAGAGCAGUAGGAUCAAUAUUUGUGUCUGCAAAGAAAGAAAAUUGCUGCAUUUACACACGGAGCAACAGUAGUAACUUCAAUAAUUAGGUUUAACCAUAAAUUAUAUUGUAUUAUUGAAAAAGGGCCCAUCAGGAUCUAACAGCAGGCCAUACUCUUUGAUUUUAUGCUAUUAAUUAAGUUUUAGUCUGUUAAUACAUUACUACAAAUAUUGCAUGCUUACCGCAGCACUCUCUAGCAACCAAUCUCUGUCUGAAAAAAUGGAAUGCCGUCACUUUAAUGGAUGAACGAAGUAAUGUUUCAUGUCCUGUAUCUGAAAGGAGUUUUAGAAACUAAUGUUGUGGGUGAUUUUGUAUACUGUGGGAUAGCACUAUAUGUCUUCUUAAAGCUUAGAGUCAGAAUGAAUUGGAGUCACUGGUCCAACUCAGUUUUACAUUACAACAAACAUUAUCCUUCUCUAUUUAAAUUGUAAUUCUUGUGCAGACUCUCACCUGACCUUCUCUUUGGUAAUAAAAAAAGUAUUGCUACACUUAAUAUUGGUCCUUUUGCAUAUGGAAUGAAAUAAUUGUAGUUGGUGACACGUAGAUUUCUGAAGGAACAAUAAAUAAAAUGUGAACGCUGCUGUUGUGAAGACAUCCACUGGAUUCUAUCCGUAUCUUAUAAGUAUGUUACUGGUUUGUACAGCGAAAGAUUUCAGUGCUUUGAUAAUGCUUGUCUCUACAGAUAAAUAUGAUAACUUGACAGUCAUCUUCCUUGAUAAUUCAGGAUUUUGAUGCAGGGCAGUUAAAAUGCAACGGCGAAGACGUAUAAAUCCAAAGGAGGAUGCAAAAUUUUAUGUUACUGCUGGAAGGGACAAAGCGGGACUUGACAUCCAAUACAUCAGUGCCUUCAAAGGACGUGGCAUCUUUGCAACUACUCCAUUUGAAAAAGGAGAGUUUUUGCUGGAGUAUCGAGGUGAACUAAUAAACAAGCAGGAAUGCGAGAAGAGACAGAGGCUUUACCACAGCAGUCUUAAAGUGUUCAUGUUCGAGUUCCGUUUUAAUGGAAAACUGUGGUGCGUUGAUGCUGCAAAAGAGGAUGGAUCACUUGGAAGACUUGUAAAUGAUGACCAUAUCAACCCUAACACCAAGAUGAAGUACUUCAGCGUGCAAGGAAAGCCCCAUCUAUGUUUGUUUGCAAUACGGGACAUAAGUCCAGGAGAGGAGAUCACCUAUAAUUAUGGUGAUUCUGACUGGCCAUGGAGGAGCAAGGAUCUCGAUGAGGAAAUGCCUCAGAAAAGUCCAGAGACCGAAAGUCCCCCAUCAACAAAAGAAGUUGUUGAACAGAAGAAGACAAGUGAGAAAAUCCAGACAAGUCCAGUGCUUGAUGUACUCACCGUGGUUGGAAAGGCUCUCGAUGAGAAAAUAAUUCAGGAAACUCCCAAGACCACAAGUUCCACAUCAACAAAUGAAACUGUUGAACAGAUGACAAGUGACAAUAGCCAGAUUGAAAUGGCUAUGAGCAACUUGAGCCAGGCAAGGCCAGUGCUUGACCUAGUCACCAGAGUUGAAAAGGAUCUUGAUGAGGAAAUGCCUCAGAAGAGUCCAGAGACCACAAAUUCCCCAUCAACAAAGGAAGUUGUUGAACAGAUGACGAAUGAGAAAAGCCAGAUUGAGAGAACUGUGAGUGACCUGAACCAGACAAGUCCAGUACUUGAUGUACUCACUGUGGUUGGAAAGGAUCUCGAUGAGGAAAUGCCUCAGAAGAGUCCAGAGACCACAAAUUCCCCAUCAACAAAGGAAGUUGUUGAACAGAUGACAAGUCACAAAAGCCAGAUUGAGAGGACUGUAAGUGACCUGAACCAGACAAGUCCAAUGCUUGAUGUACUCACCGUGGUUGGAAAGGAUCUUGAUGAGGAAAUGCCUCAGAAGAGUCCAGAGACCACAAAUUCCCCAUCAACAAAGGAAGUUGUUGAACAGGUAUAA